AUGCAGCAAUCACUGGUCGCUGCCGCAAGGCUACGAUCCACCACACUGUGCCGAGGCCAAGUCUCCGCUAUUGCGAGCAGGCGAUGCCUCAACUUGUCUGCCAGAAGACAAGUACUCCAGUCCAACAAGCAUGUCCGCCCUGCGCAGUUUAGACCCUUCUACUCGAGCACCGCCGCCGAAACAAAAAUCGACAGCGAAGGCAAUGCCCAAUCCACUCUCUUUGCGCCUCUAGACACAUUCGCUCGUAGACACAUCGGUCCCUCGCCUGAUGAUACUAUUGAGAUGCUCAAGGUCCUGGAUCCUCCAGCAAAGUCCUUGGACGAGUUUGUCACCCAAGUCUUGCCUGGAGACAUCCUGUCGUCUCGCGAUCUCAAGAUUGAAGGGCCCACAAAGUAUAUCAAGGGUCAAGCUCAAGAGACGAGUACAGAGGGUUUCUCAGAGAGUCAGUUGAUCGAUAGACUGAGAGAGAUUGCUAGUGGAAACAAGGUCGUGAGAAGUUACAUUGGUUGCGGCUACGCAGGCACCCGUGUGCCAGAAGUCAUCAAGAGAAACGUCCUUGAGAAUCCUGCCUGGUACACGAGUUACACUCCUUACCAACCUGAAAUCAGUCAGGGAAGAUUGGAGUCUCUGCUCAACUACCAAACCAUGGUCUCCGAUCUGACUGGACUGCCAAUUUCCAACGCAUCCGUUCUCGAUGAGCCGACCGCCGCAGCUGAAGCCAUGACACUCUCCAUCAACGCCCUUCCUUCAGCACGUCAGAAGCGUCCCAACAAGGUCUACCUUGUCUCGCACCUAUGCCACCCUCAGACCAUCGCCGUUCUGGCCUCUCGCGCAGAAGGCUUCGGUGUCAAGAUCGAGGUUGAUGAUAUUCUCAAGGAUGGAAGCAAGAGAGUGGAAGAGAUUGGUGAAGACUUGGUUGGUGUUCUAGGACAAUACCCUGACACUCUUGGUGGUGUUCAGGACUUCAAGAACCUUUCCGAGAAGGUACACAAGCUCAAGGCAACCUUCGCCGUAGCCACCGAUCUGCUGGCUCUGACCGUUCUUACUCCACCAGGAGAGUUCGGUGCAGAUGUCGCUUUCGGAAAUGCUCAGAGAUUCGGCGUACCAUUCGGCUUUGGUGGUCCUCACGCUGCUUUCUUUGCCUGCAGCGAACAACACAAGCGCAAGAUUCCCGGUCGUCUGAUCGGUCUUUCCAAGGACAGACUGGGCGACAAGGCUGCUCGUUUGGCUCUGCAGACCCGUGAACAGCACAUUCGUCGUGAAAAGGCUACCAGCAACAUCUGCACUGCUCAGGCUUUGUUGGCUAACAUGAGUGCCAUGUACGCUGUCUACCACGGACCCGAAGGUUUGAAGGCGAUCGCCCACAGAGUCAUCAACUCUACUCGCGUGGUUGCAGAGGCUGCUUCGAAGAGCGGAUAUACGAUCGAAACUACUGGCCCACUGUUCGACACUGUUGUUCUCUCAGGAGGACCCAUCUCUGGAAAGGCUGGCGAUUUUGCAAAGCUGGCUGAGCAAGAGUACAAGACAAACCUCAGAGUCAUUGACGAGGACCGCAUCGGUAUCACUCUGGACGAGACCGUCGAGAAGGAAGACCUCCAGGCUAUCGUCGAUCUGCUCUCGGGUGCUGCUAAGUCGUCCGAUAUUACUGUCGACAGCCUUGUCGAGGAGAUCGGCUUGUCAGCAGCCGAUGCUGUCUCUCAUGUUCCUACCGAGCUCCGCAGAAAGAGCUCGUUCUUGACGCACCCUGUUUUCAACACACACCAUUCUGAGACCAACAUCCUCCGCUACAUCCACCACUUGCAGUCCAAGGAUCUCUCUCUCGUUCACUCCAUGAUUCCCCUCGGAUCUUGCACCAUGAAGCUCAACGCUACAACCGAGAUGAUCCCCAUUACCUGGCCUGAGUUUUCGAACAUUCACCCUUUCGCCCCUACUGAGCAGACCAAGGGCUACAAGACCCUGAUCGAUGAGCUCGAGGCUGACCUUGCUGAGGUCACUGGCUUCCACUCGGUCUCAUUACAACCCAACUCAGGCGCCCAGGGCGAGUUUACCGGUCUUCGUGUCAUUCGCAAGUACCUCGAGCAACAACCAGGCAAGAAGCGUGACAUCUGUUUGAUUCCGGUUUCUGCUCACGGUACCAACCCUGCUAGUGCAGCCAUGGUCGGCAUGCGCGUUGUGACCAUCAAAUGCGAGGCCGGUACCGGAAACUUGGAUAUGGCAGACCUGAAGGCCAAGUGCGAAAAGCACAAGGAAGAACUUGGAGCCAUCAUGAUCACUUACCCUAGCACUUUCGGUGUGUUCGAGCCCAAGGUCAAGGAGGCUUGCGAUUUGGUUCACCAGCACGGCGGCCAAGUUUACAUGGAUGGCGCGAACAUGAAUGCACAGAUUGGUCUCUGCUCACCUGGUGAGAUUGGUGCUGACGUCUGUCAUUUGAACCUUCACAAGACCUUCUGUAUUCCUCACGGUGGCGGUGGCCCUGGUGUUGGCCCAAUUGGUGUCGCAGAGCAUCUCGCGCCUUUCUUGCCCGGUCAUCCUCUGGUCAAGACCGGUGGCGCUCAGGCCAUCGCACCCAUCAGUGGUGCACCUUGGGGUAGUGCCAGCAUCUUGCCCAUCAGUUGGGCUUAUGUCAAGAUGAUGGGCGCUCGCGGUCUCACACAUGCCACCAAGAUCACCCUGCUCAACGCUAACUACAUUCUCUCUCGUCUGCGCCCUCACUACCCCAUUCUCUACACUAACGACAACGGCCGUUGCGCCCACGAGUUCAUUCUGGAUAUUCGCAAGUUCAAGGAGUCUGCCGGUAUCGAGGCCAUUGAUGUCGCCAAGCGCCUUCAAGACUACGGUUUCCACGCGCCGACAAUGAGCUGGCCCGUUGCAAACACACUCAUGAUUGAGCCCACAGAAUCCGAGAGCAAGGAGGAGCUCGACCGUUUCUGCGACGCAUUGAUCUCCAUCCGCAGGGAAAUCACCUUGGUUGAAAAGGGCAAGCAGCCCAGAGACGGCAACGUGCUCAAGAUGGCACCUCACACCAUGAAGGACAUCAUCACCUCCGACUGGGAGUCGAGACCAUACACUCGUGAGACAGCAGCUUAUCCUCUGUCUUGGCUGAAGGAGAAGAAGUUCUGGCCUAGUGUCACCAGACUUGAUGAUGCAUACGGAGACAUGAACCUCUUCUGCACCUGCGCACCUGCAGAGACAUUCGAAGACAUGACCGGUGCCGCUGCACCCAUGCCUACCUAA